UUCCACUCCGCCCCACAGACUGCAGAUCAGAUAGCGCAAAAAACGCAUACCAAAUUCCUGCUGCGCUGCCAUGGCGACGACCUCACAAUUGACACUCCUCGCUCCAAAUUCUCGCGCGCUUCCGAAUUUCAAGUCCAGGUCUUCGUCUGCCUGCAGCGCCAAUGCUUUUGCUAGGGAUUUGAGAAAGCAACUGGCGGGACUCGCCGCGGGGAUUCUAGCUGCUACGGCUGUGGCCGCUGCGUCGCCUUUGGAAGCGGAAGCCACGCGGAUUGAAUACUUCGCGACAUUGGCGGAGCCUUCGUGCGAGCUCAGUUUUGUGCGUUCGGGCCUCGGCUACUGCGAUUUGGUGGUUGGGAAUGGCGAGGCGGUUCCUUAUUCGCAGCUUAUUAAUGUACACUACACUGCAAGGUUCGCUGAUGAAAUAGUUUUCGACAGCAGUUACAAACGUGGUCGACCAGUCACAAUGCGCCUUGGCGUGGGCAAGGUCAUUAAAGGGUUGGAUCAGGGCAUUUUGGGGGGUGGAGGCGUCCCGCCGAUGCACGUCGGCGGGAAGAGAAAGCUUUUUAUCCCUCCUCAUUUGGCAUAUGGACCGGAACCUGCUGGCUGCUUCUCAGGAGACUGUAACAUACCUGCAAAUGCGACGCUUUUAUAUGACGUCAAUUUUGUCGAGCUUUACAAGGGAAACCGAUCAAAAUGAAGUGCUGGCCUUAUUUAUGUAUUGAGGAACGAACCUUUUGCACCUCAUGGGUGUUCAAAAGCCUGAUUCCCCGGUGACAAAAAAAUUUGAGCAAGCGCCGGCUGUGUAUGCGAAUUCCCAUCCCCGACGGGUACUUUUUCAUGACUCAUCCCUGCAGCAUGGAAGCUGGAUUCGUCGGGUUAUCCGAAAAAUAGAGGAUUUAGGACAUAACUUCCGUUGAACAUUUGCUUCUCUGUGUAUGUAUAUAUAUACGAGAAUAUUAUUAUUGUUAUUAUUUUGUCGUAUUGAAUAAAUAGGUUGGAAUUGUUGGUAAAUGAACAAUGACAUAAGUAUGGAAUCGAAGUAGUGACUGUGGGUAUUUAUGUAAAACA